AUGCCGGCAGACUCGGUCCCAGUACGGCCCUUUGGCGCCUUCAUCCUGUGCCUGGACCGGGCGCACACUGGGGCGACCCCACUGGCGUCAGAGAGUCUGAUGCCUCGCACCCUGGAGGGGCAGAUCACCAUGGAGAAGACCCCCAGCUAUUUCGUGACGCGUGAGGCGCCCCGCCGCAUCCAUCGCAUGUCCCCCGACACGAAGCUGAUCGUGGUGGUGCGCGACCCCGUGACGCGAGCCAUCUCUGACUACGCGCAGACGCUGUCCAAGACUCCGGGCCUGCCCAGCUUUCGCGCGCUGGCCUUCCGCCGCGGCCUGGGACCCGUGGACACGGCCUGGAGCGCCGUGCGCAUCGGCCUCUACGCGCAGCACCUGGCCCGCUGGCUGCGCUACUUCCCGCUGUCCCGCUUCCUGUUCGUCAGCGGAGAGCGGCUGGUCAGCGACCCGGCCGGCGAGGUGGGCCGCGUGCAGGACUUCCUGGGCCUCAAGCGGGUCGUCACGGACAAGCACUUCUACUUCAACGCCACCAAGGGCUUCCCCUGCCUCAAGAAGGCCCAGGGGGGCAGCCGACCCCGCUGCCUGGGCAAGUCCAAGGGCCGGCCCCACCCGCGAGUGCCGGAGGCCGUGGUUCAGCGCCUGCGCGACUUCUAUCGGCCCUUCAACCACAGGUUCUACCAGAUGACCGGCCAGGACUUUGGCUGGGACUGAAAGGCCCCUUGGGAACCUUAAUUUAUGUCUGUGCCGCUGGGUAGAGUGAUGUAUUUAAGGAAUGGGGGCUGCUUGUGCCUUCUUCCAGUGAUCCGGAGGGCUGGGUAGCCGCGGGUGGGAGAACCCUGGCCAGCAGGGGAAUCCCACCAGCCGACUUUAUGGGGCCCAGAUGCUCAUUGACGGGUGCUUAUUUUCUCACAGAAUAAACCAAAAUCAAACUCACAA